CUCCCUUGGAUGCCUGCGGGGCCCCGCCGGCCGCCACCAUGGGCAAGGUGUUAUCCAAGAUCUUCGGCAACAAGGAGAUGCGGAUCCUGAUGCUGGGCCUGGACGCGGCGGGCAAGACCACCAUCCUCUACAAGCUGAAGCUGGGCCAGGCGGUGACCACCAUCCCCACCGUGGGCUUCAACGUGGAGACGGUGACGUACAAGAACGUCAAGUUCAACGUGUGGGACGUCGGGGGCCAGGACAAGAUCCGGCCACUCUGGCGACAUUACUACACGGGCACCCAGGGCCUGAUCUUCGUGGUGGACUGCGCGGACCGGGACCGCAUCGACGAGGCCCGGCAGGAGCUGCACCGCAUAAUCAACGACCGGGAGAUGCGGGACGCCAUCAUCCUGAUUUUCGCCAACAAGCAGGACCUCCCCGACGCCAUGAAGCCGCACGAGAUCCAAGAGAAAUUGGGCCUGACUCGGAUCAGGGAUAGGAAUUGGUAUGUUCAGCCAUCCUGUGCCACCUCUGGCGACGGACUUUAUGAAGGGCUGACAUGGUUAACGUCUAACUAUAAAUCCUAAUGAUUACUAAAACAAAACACUAUUAUUAGUCUUCAAGAGAGUUUAGAGGGGGGAAAUAAAUACUGUGUGGCUUCACAGAAAAGAAUUCUUCAUACUAAAAUGUUCAAAAAUUAAGCAUCCGUAGGAUUAUGAUGAUCGCUCACCCUUUUCUCCAGUCACCACUCUCUUCUUCUUCUGCGCACUUGACUGGAUCUCCAGUUUAAUGCAGUUCUUGCUUGGUGUUAAGAUGCUCUAGUCUUCAACUGUGAAUGGACACAAGCGCUUGU